AUGGGGAACUGCCAGGCGGCGGAGGUGGCGGCGGCGGUGGUGCAGCACCCGGGCGGGCGGGUGGAGCGGCUCUACUGGUCCACGCCCGCGGCGGAGGUGAUGCGCGCCAACCCGGGCCACUACGUCGCGCUCGUCACGCUCCGCGUCGCCGAGGAGCGCCAGGACGCCGACGGCGGCGGCGCGCGCCGCACCGUGCGCCUCACCCGCGUCAAGCUCCUCAAGCCCAAGGAGACGCUGCUCCUCGGCCACGCCUACCGCCUCAUCACCGCCAACGAGGUGACCAAGGCGGUGCAGGCGAGGAAGGAGGAGAAGCUGAGGAAGGCGCGGCAGCAGCUGCAGCAGCUGGAGUUGUCGACGCGGCAGAGCAAGCUGCGGCCGGCGGCGGACGGUGACGACGUCGACGACGACGACGACGAGGCCAGCUUGGAUGAGAGUCUCGAUCAGUUGGCGCGGCAGGACGGAGGAGACGGCCAUCGGAGCUCCGGCGCCCGGCACCGGCAAUGGCGGCCCUCGCUGCACAGCAUCGACGAGGCCGCGAGCUGA